UCUCGCAAUGCUAUUGGUUGCUCAGGCUGUGGACUCCGUAUCUCUACAACGCCCCCAAAAUGUACACAUCAGGGGGAAAGUUGUGCUGUUGGCUUCAGGUCUUAAUGCGUUAGAGAAACAUGCUGAGGUUUAAAAUGUUCUCGGAUGUUUGACCAGCAUCUGUGCGAUUACUCGAUUUUUACCUCAGACUGAAACGUCGCCGACUAAGAUGACAUUCUUUCGGCUGGAUGACUUUUUGGCAGGAUGGAUUGGAGGUGCAUCCAGUGUGAUUGUGGGACAUCCACUUGACACAGUUAAGACACGUUUACAAGCAGGCAAAGGAUACAAGAACACUAUCCACUGUAUUGUCACCAUCUACAAAAAGGAAACCGUUGCCGGCUUUUUCAAAGGCCUCUCCUUUCCCCUGGCUAGCAUCACACUCUACAACUCGAUGGUGUUUGGCUUCUUCAGCAAUUCUCAGAGACUCAUUAGCAAGCUUCGUUAUGGUGACGGGAGACACCCUUCUGGUAUGCUUGACCUGACUGUGGCCAGCAUGAUGACAGGCCUGGUAUCAGUAGGCCUGGGAGCCCCUGUGGAUCUAGUCAAAAUCAGGCUGCAAAUGCAAACACAACCAGUUCUUGCAGAAAACGUCACCCUUGCUGGCAAUGGCAGUGUCCCACUUCGGUCAGUGGGCCUGCAGGCCCAGUCUGUCUACAGAGGCCCCCUUCACUGUAUCAGCAGCAUCCUGCAGACUGAGGGAAUCCAAGGGUUGUACAGAGGGGCAGGAGCCAUGGUGCUGCGCGAUGUGCCCGGUUAUGCCCUUUAUUUCAUCCCAUACACUUUAUUCUGUGACUGGUUAAACCCUAAUGGGAACAGCUCCCCUCACCCCUGCUCCAUUUGGCUCGCUGGAGGAUUAGCAGGAUCCAUAUCUUGGGUCACAGCAACACCAGCUGAUGUGGUUAAGAGUCGAUUGCAGGCAGACGCCAUGCAGCACAGGAAAUAUAAAGGAAUUGUCCAUUGCAUCAUACAGAGUUACAAGACAGAGGGACUACAUGUUUUCUUCCGCGGUGCAACGGUGAAUGCUGUCAGAGGAUUUCCCAUGAGUGCUACUAUGUUCCUGGGUUAUGAACUUUCCCUCAAGUUUUUCCGAAGCCUGUAACAACCUUCCAGAACUCCACUUAACACUGAGACUGACUAGUUCUUAAUGUGGAUAAUAUUCAUCUAUUAUUUUACUGUUUACAAAUCUGCAUGUGGGUUAGCUAGUUGAUACUCUGCUAUGGUAUCAGUUACAUUUUCGCUUAUUUCUUAUAUUAAGAAAGAGGAAACACAUGAAUUAGUCAUGGUUUACAGGUGUUAACAGAGGUUUUACUAGACUAUUUUAAUGUAUCUAUAUUUAGAGUUGAUUUCCAAAAUUUUUGUUUUACUUAUGGUAACAUGAUUUCACUUUAAACAUUGAUACUGGCUUUGAAAAAAUGGCCACUAUCAGUCAACAGUUCACAUAUCUUAAGAUGCUGUGCAAUAUUUUAUCAUUUGUAGAUAACCAGAUUCAAGCUUGAGAUGUUUGUUGAGAUGUUUAUAUUAUUAAUAUCAUGCAUAUAUGGAAAUACAGUCAAUUGCAUUCCAUAAAGAAAAGUAUAGCAAACAAAUGUAGUGUUUUGCCUAAACCUGUGGAAAAUGUCUUUUUCUGCACUAAAUGUGAUCUUUCAGCUGCAGUAGCUGCACAGAUAAAGCUGUUUUAGAAAAACAUGACUGUUAUCAACAAACAAAUGGACAUUGCAACAUGGAUUAUAGAUUUUAGAUUCCAAAAAAGAAAAACUUUAAACUUUUUUUUUCAAUUAGUCAGUCAUUCCAUACACAGAACCCUGCAAAAUGAGGUUAAUCAUUGAUCAGGUUGUUUGCUAAAUGUGAAGUUCACAUGCCUUUAUCGAUCAAAGGUUUAAUUAUUCAUAUAACCUAAAUUUGCAUUAAAAAAUCCAGGACAACAGAAUGUCGGGGACAGAGCUGCAUCUCUGACUUGCAUAAUCAUCAGCUUUGUUCGAACAUUAGCUUCUUUGUGCUUUCAGCAAGCAAAAGCAAAUUCAGGACGUCUUUCAGAUAUCAGCUACACACUCCUGCAGAAUCAUAAUGAGAUGAGAACAGAUGCAAUCAAAAUGGCAAAAUUAAUCAAGGAAAUUGUUCUGUUUGUUGAAUAUCAUUCCUAUAGCAGAAAAACACUCCACCAAUUUAAUAGCAGAGUGACUGGCUGAAGGGUUUUCUUGGUCUCUUAAGUUAAUGCUGCAUUGAAGCGCGCUUAAAAACACAUUCCUUUGUAGCUUUGUACCUAGCUGCACUCCACCGUUCUAUAGAAUGGGCAAUAUAUUAUUAUAUAUUAUGAUAUAUUGUUAACUCUACAUGCUCAGCAUUACACCAACGUUUAGCCAUGUUUGUAGUGAACAUGAAAAACUCAAACAUGUACUUGCGGCCUAAAUGAGAACUCUCUUAGCCUUUCCUUUAGAGUACAAAGCAAAUCAGUUCGGAUUAGUAUGUGCUUUUGCACUUAAAGGGGAAUUCCACCAAUUUUUAAAAUUUCUGCAUAGUUGAGUCAUUGAGAUAUAAACAGUCAUUCAGAGUAUUUUGAUGUGAAGCCCUAUGUUGCUGUCUAAUUAAUAUUUAAAUAUAUGGACUAUUUACAGGGAAAUUCCACCCAUUUUCCAAAUUUAUGCACAUUUAAAUUGUUGAGCUGUAAGCAGUCAUUCAGAGUGGUUUGGUGUGAAAUGGUUAGUUGUAGAGAAAAUUGUUGACUUGGAUUUCUCCAUAAUGGUGGUGGGAGGAACCAGGGGAGACCAUGCCUACAACACAAAUAUACCUGUUUUAUUUAGUAUUCAGAACUACCCGUGAAAUUCUUGAGUUCUUAUGAGUUUUUAUAUGUAAUGUUGAUGAUGGUAAAAUAGUGGUAAAUCUGAUGUAAAUCACAGUUUUCUAUGAGGACUAUUUUGCUGUAAAACACCCAGUGUUAUCCUCUACACCAUGUAUGGGUUUUAACUUCUUAACUUCUUAAGGCCAGGGCCUGCUGGCGGGCCCCAAUAAUAAUAAUAAUGAAAGUGAAAGUAAAAGUAAUAGUAAUAUUCCAGUAAAAAACAAAGGGGAAAAAAAAAAAAAAA